AUGCACGAUCUCAUUCGUACGAAAGGCAAACCGGAAGAAAGAAUGGCUGUUGUUUCUGCAAUUCCGGAAUUGUUAACAAGCACUCGAAAAUUUGAGGUUCUGGAUACUGUGAUCAAGAAAAGCCGUGCAACGCUUCUCAGAGCUGCAAUGAAAGAGCGAAGAGUCAAACGUUUGCAGCAGAAAUUUGACAGCAGAGCCGAGAAGUUAUCGGCACAAAUGGAAGAGCACUUGGUUGAUUUGCGAGCCAAAUUGUUCCCACCACCAAAGGGGUUGCCGCUGGAAACUUGGGCUCGAAGUGAUACCUCCGAACAAGUGGCUUUCACAAGAAUUAUCGCAAAUCGAGGCUUAUGUGAGGAAAGUUUUGUAGACUUCUUCAGUGUUAUCGUUGAAAAAUCUCCCGUAAUGACAGUGGAUUCUUAUCGGACUUGCUCAAAUGACGUGUUUACAGAAAGGGAUGAAACAUUGGAUCGUUUUGUAAUUAUUGACUGA